CACUUUGAUUCACAGAAAUAAUUCAAACGGUUCAAGAUGACUUCAUGGAGCGACCGCUUACAGAACUUUGCAGACCUCCCAGCCAACAUGGAUGGCUUGGCCAUGAAGAAGUAUCGGCGUGAGGCCUACCACAGGUACAGAAUAAAGAUGCAUAACAUAACGUGUCACAGAAAUGUAUGCUUUGUGGGAAAGUCUUUCCAUUUCAUCAGAGCGAGAUUCCGUUAGGGUAAGGUCAUGGCGAUUAGCCUGGGUGCCAGUCUGUUUCUGCUCUCUUGCCAACUUCUUAUCACUCAUUGUCACGCCAAACAUGACAAGGGGUAGGCAUGAUGGCACAAACAGAUCUGGGAUCAGGCUUCAUGGCGAUAUUAUCGCUCCUUUAUUAUUGCUUAUGCGUAAUGGAGGCUAAUUGAUCAUUUUAGUUUUCAUAUGUUAUUGAAGGUGUGAAACACACUCCUGAUUCCGUACAACAUUUAAAGUUUAAUACAUUUUGAUGCAUAACUAUGUAGUGUAAUAAACAUGUUAGAAAACAGAAGGUCUUUUGGGUGUCGAAAUCGUGUGGCCGGCAACCUUUUCUGGUAAAAAAAGUCUGUUGUCAUGGUGUAGUGCAGCCUGCCAUUGGCAGGGUCUGUCUGUCUUCCUCAUUCUGUGGUUGAAAAUCUACAUACCCUUUCCAAAUAACAAAACAGGGCAAGCAUUCACUGUCAAUGCAACAAGUCUAAAAGCAGUGUAGGAACCACCUGAUCUAUGUGGUGUGCAUCACUGGAGCACAGCCUACGACACAUUCACAUUCAGUGGUAAUGCUAUCGCACAUGUAUUCUCUAUUACAAAGCUUUCCAAGGGAACUGGCCCAAUACCAUCCUGCAAUGAGGUACGCCAAACUUUUGUUGUUGAACCUCAAUACUGACUGAAUGACCCUUUGUACAUGAUGUGUAUUUAUUCUCCAUUCAGAAUCCAUGUUCAUACUGACACUAGCCCUCUGUGUGCUGGGUAGGUCCCUGAGGGUGGGUGGUAGGUGGUCAUGAGUUCUUGGUGUGAUCUCUCCUCUUCCCCCUCAGUCUCCCCUUCAUUCCCCCUCUAUUACUGCAUCUCCCCUCACCCGCUCCUAAUGCCACCUCCCCAUCGCCAUCAGUCUGAAGUCUUAUCUCAUAACAUCUGAAUAGAAACUUCAGGCCAGAGUAGUGUUGGAGGAGGGAAAUUCCACAGUGAAAAGGAAUAAAAUAUAUGCCAAACAAAAACCAUUGAUUUCAAAGUUUAAAAAACCAUUCAACUCUAUGCACAACGACUACUUUGAACAAUUUACACUAUAAAAAAACAAACAUUUAAAGAUGCCAAGUUUGGUAACAGAAUUACGGUAAAAUCACCCUCAGUUUUAUUCUGUUAUUGCACAGGUCCUCCUCUAAAUGUAGGAUUUUUUUUUUGUGUGGAAAUUGUUAAAAGUUGGCCUUAUGCAUAGAGUUCUAUGGUUUGUUAAACUUUGAAAGCAAUGGUUUUUGUUUGGUAUACAUUUUAAAGUGAAAAAUUUGAGUGAGUGAAAUUCCGUUACCAUGGAAUUGCCCAGGAACAGUAUGGCUUUGUUGGAGCGAGGGAGAGAUGUAUCUAGAAUGUUAUUGCCUACUUUGCUUCCUAUUAGAUAUAUUCAACUGAUUAGGUGCAUUUUCAAGCUUCUGUUGUUUUAAAAUGGUUUUCACAUUUUCAUUGUGUCGGAAUGUAAACUUCACUACAGGUGUUUCCUGUUGGUCCGUACGAUGUAGGCUUCUCAUAGUGAAAAGACCUAGUGUCCGAAUAAAUACAAGACAAGCCGAAAGUGCCUCUUAAAUGGCACCAAAAAGGGCAGUGAACCUCAAUGUGUUGCUUUGUUGCAAUAUUCACACUAGCACAGCACUUAAAAUGCAUGCCCAACACAUUCUAAGUGAUGUGCUAGUGGAGGCCCAGAAAUUGGAGCCACUGUGUGUCCUUCGGUUGGUGUGCUACCUUCUGUUCUCUUUUUGAAUCAAAAUUAGCUGUAGUGUCUAUUUGUAGUGUUGUGAAAUGAUUCCUUCUUCCUCUGUUGCUUUUUUUGGAAUAGAGGUCAGGCAAGAGUUGACUGCACAGACUCUGGAGGGGUUGCCAAGGCCUUUCAGUAUGCACAUGGGCACCAGCAGCAGACAAAGCACUUGCCUAAUUCACUUUCAUUGUAUUGAGGAUUGCUUAUGUUAUAACGGAAUUGACUCAACGUAGCAGUGUGUAAGCACAUUUGUGGACCUAUAAUUCAAUACAAUGAUGGCAGGUUUCAGAGGAAAUCUGAGGAAGGCUUUUUGAAGUUUGAAGUUCAGAUGUGUAGCAGACUAUGUAACAAAUGUAGAAAUGGAUUUGCAUGCCAUUGAUGUUGUGAUUUCUUUUUGGGUUUGAGUGAUACUUGGUUGUUUCUUUCAUAUUUAAACAUUAGGCUAGUCUCUCAACAAACCAAGUCUUUUCAGGAAGUGGGUUAAUGUUGACACUGACACAGCAGUGAUGCAAGACUACGGGACCUUUUGUACAGUGGUUCUUCCUUUCUGUGUGGAUUUCUGCAAACUUAGCCUAAUUAUUUUCAAGCAAACGCCAAUUAUUGUUCAUGUAUAGGCCUACAUGUAAACAAUGCUACAAAUUGUCAAAAGUGUAAAAUCUUACUAUAGUGCCGUGAAAGUAUUUGCCCCCUUUCUGAUUUUCUCUAUUUUUGCAUAUUUUUGACACUGAAUGUUAUCAGCUCUUCAACUAAAACCUAAUAUUUAGAUAAAGGGAACCUGAGUGUACAAAUAACCCAAAAAUAUAAAACUUAUUUCAUUUAUUUAAUAAACAGUGUUAUUUAACACCAAAUGCCCUGUGUGAAAAAGAAUUUGCCCCCUUACACUGAAUAACUGGUUGUGCCACCUUGAGCAUUUGUGGGUUUUUGAGCAUGAACUGCUUGUUUCAGGUCCUGACACAACAUCUCAAUCUGGUUUAGGUCUGGACUUUGACUAGGCCAUUCCCAAAACGUUUACAUUUGUUGCUUUUCAGCCAUUCUGACGUAGACUUGCUUGUGUGUUUUGGAUCAUUGUCUUGCUGCAUGAACCAGCUGCGCUUCAGCUUAAGCUCACGGAUGGCCUGACAUUCUCCUGUAGAAUUCUUUGAUACAGCACAUAAUUCAAUGUUCCUUCAAUAAUGGCAAGUCGUCCCGGUCCUGAGGGAGAAAAGCAUCCCCAAACCAUCACACUACCACCACCAUGCUUGACCGUUGGUAGGAGAUUCUUACUGUGGAAUGCAGUGUUUGGUUGUUGCCAGACAUAGUGGGACCCAUGUCGUCCAAAAAGUCAACUCAAUUUUGCCAAAAAUCACCUGGAUGGUCAUAAAGACUCCUGGAAGAAUGUUCUAUGGACAAAUUAGUCAAAAGUAUAACCUUUUGGGCGACAUGGGUCCUGUUAUAUACAGGGAUUUUUCGCCCAACAACAGAAAAACAUGUAAGCGAAUAAAACCAGAUAGAAAGUAUGUAGAAAAGAUAAUGGACCUAUACACAGAGUACACAAAACAUUAAGAACACCUGCUCUUUCCAUGACAUAGACUGACCAGGUGAAUCCAGGUGAAAGCUAUGAUCCCUUAUUGACGUCACUUGUUAAAUCCACUUCAAUCGGUGUAGAUGAAGGGGAUGAGACAGGUUAAAGAAGGAUUUUUUAAAGCCUUGAGACAUGGAUUGUGUAUGUGUGCCAUUCAGAGGGUGAUUGGGCAAGACAAAAAAUGUAAGUGCCUUUGAACGGGGUAUGGUAGUAGGUGCCAAGUGCACCGGUUUGUGUCAAGAACUGCAAUGCUGCUGGGUUUUUCACUCAACCGUUUCCUGUGUGUAUCAAGAAUGGUCCACCACCCAAAGGACAUCCAGCCAACUUCACACAACUGUGGGAAGCAUUGGAGUCAACAUGGACCAGCAUCCCUGUGGUACGCUUUCGACACCUUGUAGAGUCCAUGCCCCGACAAAUUGAGGCUGGCAGCUCAAUAUUAGGAAGGUGUUCCUAAUGUUUGGUAUACUCAAUGUAUAUUUUUAAAUAAUGUAUUAUUUGAGAACUAACAAUCACCAAAAUAAAAGCUAGAUAGUCAGGGGAAAUUGAAUUGAUUUUAUGUUUGAGCAAAAGAACACAUCAUUAGCCAUGGCAAAAUGCAUAGAAUUUCAGGAAAUUAGCUUUAAAACUACAACAUUUUCUCUGCUCCAUGGCACAAUGUGUAGUAGAAUUGCAGGAAAUUAGCUUUAAACCUGAAACAAUUUCUCUCAGCUCCAUGGAGAAAAACCUGUACAUCGCAAAGAUGGGGGCUUCAUUGCCACGCCCCCCUGUCACGCCCACCACCUAAUCCCCUUUUUGAUCCAGAAAAAAACCUUGAUGUCUGGCAAAAACCAAACGCUGCAUUCCACAGUAAGAACCUCAUACCAGCAGUCAAGCGUGGUGGUAGUGCAAUGGUUUGGGGAUGCUUUGCUGCCUCAGGACCUGGACGACUUGCCAUCAUUGAAGGAACCAUGAAUUGUGCUCUGUAUCAGAGAAUUCUACAGGAGAAUGUCAGGCUAUCUCUGUGAGCUUAAGCUGAAGCGCAGCUGGGUCAUGCAGUAAAACAGUGAUCCAAAACACACAAGCAAGUCUACAUUAGAAUGGCUGAAAAGCAACACAUUUGAAGUUUUGGAAUGGCCUAGUCAAAGUCCAGACCUAAACCCGAUUUGAGAUGUUGUGGCAGAACCUGAAAUGAGCAGUUCAUGCUCGAAAAGCCACAUGUUGCUGAGUUAAAGCAGUUUUGCAUGGAAGAGUAGGCAAAAAUUCCUCCACAGCAAUGUGAGACUGAUUUAACAAUUACAGGAAGCAUUUGGUUGCAGUCAUUGCAGAUAAAGGUGGCACAACCAGUUAUUGAGUGUAAUGGGGCAAUUACCUUUUCACGGGGCAUUGGGUGUUGCAUAACAUUCAGUGUAAAAAAAUAUGCAACAAUUGAGAAAAUCAGAAAAGGGGCAAAUACCUUUUCACGAUACUGUAUAUGACAUUUGUCAUUUGAAAUAUGGCCUUUGAAUUGGACUCAUAAUUUUUUCUCCACCUUUGUAAAGAUUUGCGUAAUCCUCCACUGUGAAUGCAUCUUUUGUAUGGACACAUUUAGAGUUGCUACUGCAGUGCUCCACUUCUGUUCUGUUGAACUCAGGACCCUGUCCUUUACUAUCACCUGUUUACAUGCCAAGUAUCCUCUUUAGGUUAUGUUCAUCAUCAGAACCUCUGACUGACUAUAUACUGUACUUCCUUUUCAGAGUUUUUGUGAACAGAAGCUUGGCAAUGGAGAAGAUUAAGUGCUUUGGUUUUGAUAUGGACUACACUCUGGCAGGUAAGUGUACACUGAGUGUACGAAACAUUAGGAACACCUUCCUAAUAUUGAGUUGCUCCCCCUUUUGCCCUCAGAACAGCCUCGAUUUGUCAGGGCAUGGACUUUACAAGGUGUUGAAAGCGUUCCAAAGGGAUGCUGGCCCAUGUUGACGCCAAUGCUUCCCACAGUUGUGUCAAGUUGGCUGGAUGUCCUUUGGGUAGUGGACCAUUCUUGAUACACAUAGGAAAUUGUUGAGUGAAAAACCCAGCAGAGUUGCAGUUCUUGACACACUCAAACCGGUGCAACUGGGACCUACUACCAUACCCCGUUCAAAGGCACUUAAAUAUUUUGUCUUGCCCAUUCACCCUCUGAAUGGCACACAUACACAAUCCAUGUCUCAAUUGUCUUGAGGCUUAAAAAUCCUUCUUUAACCUGUCUCCUCCCCUUCAUCUACACUGAUUGAAGUGGAUUUAACAAGUGACAUCAAUAAGGGAUCAUAACUUUCACCUGGAUUCACCUGGUCAGUCUGUCAUGGAAAGAGCAGGUGUUCCUAAUGUUUUGUACACUCAGUGUAUAUGGGUGUGUGUGUGUGUCCAUGUUUGUGUACUGACUGUGUGCAUGUUUAGAAUGUCAUGUGUACAGUUGCCUGCUCAAAUCAAAACAACGUUUAUUGGUCGCGUACACAGAUUUGCAGAUGUUAUCGCCGGUGCAGUGAAAUGCAUAUGUUGAUACAGUAGCCUACUCCCUUGCAUGUAGGAGGUCUCAAUAUAGGCUAGACCCCCAAGUGGGCCAGCUCUGCUUUAUGUGACAUGUGUAACCUGGAUGACAUGUUUGUACCUUACACAGACAUCACUCUCUCAACCAGUAACCCCUCACUCCAUUGGGUCUCUGAAGUUGAACUUCAACCCAAGCUGCUCACAUCCACCUGUUUAUAGAGCCUGUCCCGGUCCCAUAAACAAGUGCUGCUAAGGGGUUGUGUUUCCACACAGUGAGUGGGGAGAAACAACCCCUGGGGGGAGGGGGGGAUAGGGCUGUGGAAUAGCGCCAGGAACUAAAGGGUUUUUGACAUGCCAACCGCUACAGGUCAUUUGUUUCCAUGGCCACUAUCUGCAGUGCAGUCGAAGCGCUUUGCGAUCGUGUGUUAGUGGGUCGUGUGUGUGUGUCGUGUGCAUGCGCUUAUAUGUGUUCUGGAUGUGUAUGUUAUUCCCUUAACAUACCCAUACCAGUUUCAUUUCAACUGUCCACAGAGGACACGUAUAUAUCCCCCCCCUCUGUUCCAGUGUGUAGGCCCUAUGUCUUGCUUUGUCAGUCUCACCACAUAAAUCUUUCUCCCUCUCUAUGAACAUGGAGAGACUGCAUUGUAGCUCUCUCCCAGUGAGUAUAUCACUCUGUACUACAGUAGCUGUAUCCCUCCCUGCUUACUGCAGUGUAUAAAUCACCUGAGUACGAGUCGCUGGGAUUUGACCUGACCGUGGAACGUCUUGUCCACAUCGGUUACCCACAGGAGCUGCUCAACUUUGUCUACGACCCCGCUUUCCCCACCAGGUCUGUCUGUCUGACAUCACACAUUCACAUCGGUUAGUUAUUAGUAAGGUCAGACUGAAUUCUUAUGAAUACCCUUAUAGAGUUGUCUUUGAUUUGGUCAAUAAGACUCUAUUUCUUUAUGUUUUCUAACAGUACUUGGUUUGAACUGAUUUCAUUUCACAAAUAUAUGAUUUCAAAAUAACUUAGGUCUUGAGAAAAUACUCCCUCCGGUCUGGCCCAGGUUAAAAGUUAUACAUCUCAGUUAGUAAGCCUUUUUAGAGAUGAUGGCUGUCCCUCCUAUCUCACACACACAUACACUGUUCUGACAAGUUGUCCUACCACCCUCUGGUUCCAGGGGCCUGUUGUUUGACACAAUGCACGGGAAUCUGCUCAAGGUCGACGCAUACGGCAACAUCCUGGUCUGUGCCCACGGCUUCAACUUCAUGAGGGGGUGAGUUCUGAUACUCGUAAUGAUAUCACACACAUAAACAUUUACCAUGUGCUCAUGCCAAAUAGCCUCAUAUUGCACAUACACACAGUAUAUAGUCAUAUCAUACUCAUUUAAUCACUCUGUUCCUUUAGGCCUGAGAUCAGGGAGAUGUACCCCAACAAGUUUAUCCAGCGUGGAGACACCGACCGCUUCUACAUUCUGAACACACUGUUCAACCUCCCUGGUGAGACAGCAGUCUUCAACACAUUUUUUUUGACAAGGAUCUCUCCCCACUCCAAAUCUAAUGACACAACCUUAAAAUCUGUAAAUUUCGAUUCUUACAUCAAAUAACCUUAAAUUCCUAAAAUGUUCUAAAUGAAAAGAAACCAAUAAAUACAUUUACUCAACAUUUAUUUUUCUAAUUAUCUUUCUCAAAAACAUUUCUGUUGUCCCAUACAAUAAUACAGUGAGGGAAAAAAGUAUUUGAUCCCCUGCUGAUUUUAUACGUUUGCCCACUGACAAAGGUAUGAUCAGUCUAUAAUUUUAAUGGUAGGUUUAUUUGAACAGUGAGAGACAGAAUAACAACAAAAAAAUCCAGAAAAACGCAUGUCAAAAAUGUUAUGAAUUGAUUUGCAUUUUAAUGAGGGAAAUAAGUAUUUGACCCCUCUGCAAAACAUGACUCAGUACUUGGUGGCAAAACCCUUGUUGGCAAUCACAGAGGUCAGACGUUUCUUGUAGUUGGCCACCACGUUUGCACACAUCUCAGGAGGGAUUUUGUUCCACUCCUCUUUGCAGAUCUUCUCCAAGUCAUUAAGGUUUCGAGGCUGACGUUUGGCAACUCAAACCUUCAGCUCCCUCCACAGAUUUUCUAUGGGAUUAAGGUCUGGAGACUGGCUAGGCCACUCCAGGACCUUAAUGUGCUUCUUCUUGAGCCACUCCUUUGUUGCCUUAGCCGUGCGUUUUGGGUCAUUGUCAUGCUGGAAUACCCAUCCACGACCCAUUUUCAAUGCCCUGGCCGAGGGAAGGAGGUUCUCACCCAAGAUUUGACGGUACAUGGCCCCGUCUAUCGUCCCUUUUGAUGCUGUGAAGUCGUCCUGUCCCCUUAGCAGAAAAACACCCCCAAAGCAUAAUGUUUCCACCUCCAUGUUUGAAGGUGGGGAUGGUGUUCUUGGGGUCAUAGGCAGCAUUCCUCCUCCUCCAAACACGGCGAGUUGAGUUGAUGCCAAAGAACUCCAUUUAAGUCUCAUCUGACCACAACACUUUCACCCAGUUCUCCUCUGAAUCAUUCAGAUGUUCAUUGGCAAACUUCAGACGGGCCUGUAUAUGUGCUUUCUUGAGCAGGCGGGCGCUGCAGGAUUUCAGUCCUUCACGGCGUAGUGUGUUACCAAUUGUUUUCUUGGUGACUAUGGUCCCAGCUGCCUUGAGAUCAUUGACAAGAUCCUCCCGUGUAGUUCUGGGCUGAUUCCUCACCGUUCUCAUGAUCAUUGCAACUCCACAAGGUGAGAUCUUGCAUGGAGCCCCAGGCCGAGGGAGAUUGACAGUUAUUUUGUGUUUCUUCCAUUUGCGAAUAAUCGCACCAACUGUUGUCACCUUCUCACCAAGCUGCUUGGCGAUGGUCUUGUAGCCCAUUCCAGCCUUGUGUAGGUCUACAAUCUUGUCCCUGACAUCCUUGGAGAGUUCUUUGGUCUUGGCCAUGGUGGAGAGUUUGGAAUCUGAUUGAUUGAUUGCUUCUGUGGACAGGUGUCUUUUAUACAGGUAACAAGCUGAGAUUAGGAGCACUCCCUUUAAGAGUGUGCUCCUAAUCUCAGCUCGUUACCUGUAUAAAAGACACCUGGGAGCCAGAAAUCUUUCUGAUUGAGAGGGGGUCAAAUACUUAUUUCCCUCAUUUAAAUGAAAAUCAAUUUAUAACAUUUUUGACAUGCGUUUUUCUGGAUUUUGUUGUUGUUAUUCUGUCUCUCACUGUUCAAAUAAACCUACCAUUAAAAUUAUAGACUGAUCAUUUCUUUGUCAGUGGGCAAACGUACAAAAUCAGCAGGGGAUCAAAUACUUUUUUCCCUCACUGUAUGUACCGACUUUGAAUACCACUGCCUUACAGUGACAUUCAAUAAACUGUUCACAGCCCCUCUGAUACUGUCCACAUUACUGCUCCAGAGUACUGCUCAAAUACUCCACUGGUUGUUGUUCUAUAUGUUAGUGUUGUUGUUUUUUUCUUCUGAGGAAUGUCCUUUUUGCUGAUGUCACAUUGGUGUUUCAAAUGGCUUUACCUUCCUCCCUCUUCAGAAACCUACCUCUUUGCUUGUCUGGUUGAUUUCUUCACCAACUGCCCCAAAUACACAAGGUGAGUACGCUGCUCUUCCUCUGAAAACGGAAUAAUUUUGAAUAUUUAUCAUCAGACAGUUUGGGAUUUAUAAUUCAAGUUAUUGUGGUCCCAGCUGCGAGACUGGCUUUAAGAAUGGAGACCUCUUCAUGUCCUACAAGAGCAUGUUCCAGGAUGUCCGUGAUGCUGUGGACUGGGUCCACUUGAAGGUAAAACAACCUCCCUCCUAACGUAUUUUUCACUGAGUAUGGUUAUAUGCACACAACAAUACGAUUAUUGUGAAUAGUCCGAUUAAUAUAAUAGUUUGAUUUUAAACGUUUACAUGCUACAUGCUAUUUCCCUAAUAAUCCUGUUUACAUGGACACUAAUGGGACUUUGAUAAAUGCAGAAAAUCGGCAAUCAAAAUAAGCGUUCUACCACAGCGACCAUGUUAUUUUGGGGAAGCCUAUUUGAUUCUGAGUUCGGACAUAUAAAGUUUAUGUGAAAACUAUUUCUAAGAUGCAUACUUUCAGUUUUUCCGAACUCACUUCACUCGCGCAUAAGAGGGAGGUUUGCACUGCUGGUGCUGGCACAUGCACAGAUCAAAUACACCGCUGGAACUCCGAUGAAGCUGUUUACAUGUCCUAAUAAUUCAAAAGAUUGCUCAGCGUAUGCUUACUUCGAUUAAGAUAAGCAGAGUAAGGUGUGUACAUGACUUGUCGUGACUUGACUUUAACUUUAAUCUGAAGACUGUUAUUUAUCGAAUUAACUAAUUACAUUUACAUUUUCAACUAAUUAUGUUUAAUUGUUACCCGAUUUAAAUUAAUAAUGUAACAAUUAACUCAUUAGGAUCUGGGGCACCACGAGAGCGGUUCUUUAAAGAGUUACCAUCUCCCGAAUUAAACUCUAAAAUGUCUUUAUCUAUAAACAGUCAACUUUAUUAAUCAUAACCUCGUAUCAUAUCAUAAUUCUAAACAGUCGUAACCUCCUUGCAUCUGCAUAAACCCGAGCCUUACUUAUGAUUCAGUAUUACACAAAUUGGUUUAAUUAUUAUUUUACUAGCUAAUUAAAUGGGAACACAGGAUAAACACACACACACUGCACCGGUUAUUGACUGGAGACUUAAUAGGCUGAAAACAGGUCCCUAGCGGAAUAACAACAACAUGGAUGCUUGUUAAAGAAGAGAUGGAGAGGGACAGAGACACUUAACAUUGCCACAUUCAGAAACUACUCUCACCUACAGUAACCGCUGCCCGCUUUGAGCAAGAAAUCAUGAAUGUAUUUACGUGAAAUGCCGGGGUUCUCUCGGUGAACGGGGCAGCCUUGGAAAGGAGGUUGGGCACGCUUGUAAGGCUUUGAUUGUCUGAAAUGUUUCCAAUAACUCUUCUCCUGUUGUCCUUCUUCGUAGUUGUCCGGUAUCUGGUGACUUGUCGUGUAGUCCUGAACAGAAUUACAGAGUUGAUUUUCCUUCCAUUCACUCUUGAAGAUGCUUCUUUGAACAUAAGCUAGACAGCCAUAUCCAUGGUUCCCCAGUGGGGUGAUGAGAGUAGCGUAAUACGAUGGUUUGAGCAGAGUAACAGGAUGGUCCUACUUAAAUUUGCUUUCGAAGAUAGAUACUUUACUUAGGACAGCUAAUCAGCCGUACCAGUGAGUUUAUCGUCUCCGCCUCGGGUUGAGAUUCAAAGUUCAAACCAUUUUAAACGCGCAGCUGCAGCUUCACACUUUUCUGGUCUGAUGUGUUAAUUCGUAACCCAUCAUUUAUAACUUUUGCUCGAAAGGGGCGGUUCCGGCAGGCUGGCACGCUCCCUGACCUCACUUCGGAGCGGUGACUAUUCACUGUGCAAAGUUAUGGAAAACAAUUAUCUCUUAACUUCUCAAAUCACAUCCCUCUCUUAACAAAAACACUUCCAUCAUUUUUCAUAUUACAUGCACAACGUAUAGUAUGGAAACUUCAUCUAUGAAGUGGGGAUACUUUCCAAGUUACAGUAUUUCCUUUAACAUUUUUAAUGACAUCACAAAAUAACAAACAAAAUGACAUUAGUGUCCUAUAGAUCGCCUCUGACCAUUCCCCCACGUUCUACAUUAGAAAUAUUGUUCCAGUAUUCUCUUUUGAACGUGUUAGAGUUCUAGUGAAUUUGGAGAGCACAGGCCUGGAUCUUCUCCCUUGAUGUACAACAGGUCGUGAGUUGUUAAUCCCCACUAGUUCUUUCCUUCACCCUCUACGGGUGAGAGGGGUUCUGAUUGACUAUUGCCAUACUUGGCCUUCUGCCAUAAUCUGUUUAAAAUCGGAUUAUUAGUGUGCAUGUAAACGUACUCAUUGUAUAUAUGUUAUUCCUUCUAUUCCCUGUCUAAAUGUUUUGUCACCUGUUUUCAUCAGGGAUCUUUGAAAGAAAAAACGGUUGAAAACCUGGAGAAGUAUGUGGUCAAGGAUGUAAGUAAACUUCACAUUAAUUAAUUGCAUCUGACACAGUUUCAGUGACCUUGUCUUUUUUUAACACCUGUAAACGUAUCACUUAAAAAUUGUGGAGGUUUAAUUUGAAAUGUAAUUUGCUUUAUUUAUUUCUUCUUCAUUAAAGGGGAAGCUCCCUCUACUCCUGAGUCGGAUGAAUGAAGUGGCCAAGGUGUUCCUGGCCACCAACAGUGACUACAAAUACACAGAGGUGAGGCCUACUGAGUGCACUGUACAUAACCCCAUACACAAUCAAUGAACAUCACGUAUAACGUCUCUCUGUUUAUCAUUUCAGAAAAUAAUGACAUACCUGUUUGACUUCCCCCAUGGCCCAAAGGUAAGGGACUGAAUUGUCUUGUUUAGAUUGUUGUUGCUUCCUUUCAGAUCUAUGAACUCGAAGUGAAGAGGGGUUUAGGGGAAGCGGCAAGAAGCUGAAAAGGAACAGAGGUUCAGUGUGCAUGUUUUUGCUGCAGGUGGGAAUGCCCCAUCUGCCCUGGCAGUCCUACUUUGACCUGAUCUUAGUAGAUGCCCGCAAGCCCGUGUUCUUCGGAGAGGGGACAGUGCUACGGCAGGUUGACACAGUGAGUGUGUGUUUGGGCUCAAGUAUGCUUUAAAAUGUGUAGUAGUGUGGUGCCUGUGUGUGUGCACGUUUUUAUGUGUGUGUGUGUGUUGGCAUUGCCACAAUGACCUUACCAGAGUGCUUGCUGUUGCAGACCACUGGCCGGCUGAAGAUUGGCACGUACACAGGACCGCUGCAGCACGGCAUUGUGUACUCUGGAGGUAACGCGCCCCUGACACAUAUCCAUUAUACAGUGCACUCGGAAAGUAUUCAGAACCCUUGAAUUCUUCCACAUUUUGUUACGUUACAGCCUUAUUUUAAAAUUGAUUAAAUUGUUUUUUUUCCCUCAGUCUACACACAAUACCCCAUAAUGACAAAGCAAAAACAUGUUUGUUGAAAUGUUAGCAAAUUUAUUACAAAUAAAAAACUGCAACAUCACAUUUACAUAUGUAUUCAGACCCUUUACUCAGUACUUUGUUGAAGAACCUUUGGCAGCAAUUACAGCCUCGAGUCUUCUUGGGUAUGACGCUACAAGCUUGGCACACCUGUAUUUGGGGAGUUUCUCCCAUUCUUCUCUGCAGAUCCUUUCAAGCUCUGUCAGGUUGGAUAGGGAGCGUUGCUGCACAGUUAUUUUCAAGUCUCCAGAGAUGUUCCAUCGGGUUCAGGUCCGGGCUUUGGCUGGGCCACUCAAAGACAUUCAGAGACUUGUCCUGAAGCCACUCCUACGUUGUCUUGGCUGUGUGCUUAGGGUGUGUUUUCCCUCUAUCCUGACUAGUCUCCCAGUCCCUGCCGCUGAAAAACAUCCCUGCAGCAUGAUGCUGCCACCACCAUGCUUCACCGUAGGGAUGGUGCCAGGUUUCCUCCAGACGUGACGCUUGGCAUUCAUGACAAAGAGUUCAAUCUUGGUUUCAUCAGACCAGAGAAUCUUGUUUCUCAUGUUCUGAGAGUCCUUUAGGUGCCUUUUGGCAAACUCCAAGCGGGCUGUCAUGUGCUUUUAACUGAGGAGUGGCUUCUGUCUGGCCACUCUACCAUAAAGGCCCUUUUCGUGAAGUGCUGCAGAGAUGGUUGUCCUUCUGGAAGGUUCUCCCAUCUCCACAGAGGAACUCCGGAGAUCUGUCAGUGACCAUCGGGUGCUUGGUCACCUCCCUGACCAAGGCCGUUCUCCCCCGAUUGCUCAGUUUGGCUGGGCGGUUCCAAACUUCUUCCAUUUAAGAAUGAUGGAGGCCACAGUGUUCUUGGGGACCUUCAAUGCCACAGACAUUUUUUUGGUACCCUUCCCCAGAUCUGUGCCUCGACACAAUCCUGUCUUGGAGCUCUACGGACAAUUCCUUCGGCCUCAUGGCUUGGUUUUUGCUCUGACAUGCACUGUCAACUUUGGGACCUUAUAUAGACAGUUGUGUGCCUUUCAAAAUCAUGUCCAAUCAAUUGAAUUUACCACAGGUGGACUCCAAUCAAGUUGUAGAAACAUCUCAAGGAUGAUCAAUGGAAACAGGAUGUGCCUGAGCUCAAUUUCGAGUCUCAUAGCAAAGGGUCUGAAUACUUAUGUAAAUAAGGUAUUUCUGUUUUUUUAAACCGGUUUUCGCUUUGUCAUUAUGGUGUAUUGUGUGUAGUUUGAUCAGGAAAUUGUUUUAUUUAAUCCAUUUUAGAAAUAAGGCUGUAAUGUAACAAAUUGUGGAAAAGGUCAAGGGGUCUGAAUACUUUCCGAAUGCACUGUAUAUACAAAUAUCGCUCAUAAAUUAGGAAUUUAUUGUUGACGCAUACCUGUAAGUAGAGCUUCCAUACUGUCUCAUUUCCCACAGUAUAGGUGUCUGUCUGUGGCCAAACAUCAACAGCCCUGUUUGAAUACUUUGGAAAUGCAUUCUAAUCACUGAUAUGACAUGACCCUUUUCACCUAUCACUAUCGUGUUGUAGUUGAACCCCUAGUGAUUACUCAGAGGAAGGAAACGGUCCAAUGCAAAAGUAUUCCAACAAGGCCUUAGUUUUCAGUUUUCUCUCUCCUCACAGGUUCCUCUGACAUAGUGUGUGACCUGCUGGCGGCCAAAGGGAAGGACAUAGUAUACAUUGGGGACCACAUCUUUGGGGACAUCCUCAAGUCCAAAAAACGCCAGGGAUGGAGGACCUUCUUGGUGAUCCCUGAACUGGCUCAGGAGUUGCACGUGUGGACUGACAAGAGCUGUGAGUUUAACACACCCUUAUCAUAGAUACUGAUGCUUGACAACAGUAUUUGGGUAUAUUUGUGCGUCUUUGUGCACUGUUGUGCAUCUGUUACAACUGUGUGUGUUUCUGUGUUCCAGCUCUGUUUGAGGAGCUCCAGUCUCUGGACAUCUUCCUGGCAGAGCUCUAUAAGUGAGUGUGUGCCUCGUCCACACAGCAAACUGAACCACAUCCUGCCAAAACAUAGGCUCAAGGUUGACAAACUAAAUAAGGCAUUGUUUUAUCGACCAAAUGUGCUCUAUCAAAUCAAAUGUUAUUUGUCACAUGCUUCGUAAACAACAGGUUUUUGUGGGUAUAAGCUGUUCAGGGUCCUGUUGGUUCCAGACUUGGUGCAUUGGUACCGCUUGCCUAUGACUUGGGUGGCUGGAGUCUUUGAUCAUUUGUAGGGCCUUCCUCUGACACCGCCUGGUAUAGAGGUCCUGGAUGGCAGGGAGCUCGGCCCCAGUGAUGUUCUGGGCCGUACGUACUACCCUCUGUAGCGCCUUGCGGUCGGAUGCCAACAGUUGCCAUAUCAAGCGGUGAUGCAGCCAGUCAAGAUACUCUCAAUGGUGCAGUUGUAUAACUUUUUGAGGAUCUGAGGGCCCAUGCCAAAUCUUUUCAGCCAACUGAGGGGGAAGAGGCGUUGUCAUUCCCUCUUCACGACUGUGUUGGUGUGUUUGGACCAUGAUAGAUCCUUAUUAAUGUGGACACUGGGAAACUUGAAGCUCUCGACCCAUUACAGUACAGCCCCGUAGAUGUGAAGGGGGGCGUGCUUGGCCCUCCGUUUCCUGUAGUUCACGAUCAGCUGCCUUUGUCUUGCUGAUGUUGAGGGAGAGGUUGUUGUCAUAGCAUCACACUGCCAGGUCUCUUACCUCCUCCAUAUAGGCCGUCUGAUCGUUGUCGGUGAUCAGGCCUACCACUGUUGUGUUGUCUGCAAACGUAAUGAUGGUGUUGGAGUCGUGCUUGGCCAUGCAGUCGUGGGUGAACAGGGAGUACAGGAGGGGACUAAGCACGCACCCCUGAGUGGCCCCAGUGUUGAGGAUCAGCGUGGCAGAUGUGCUGUUACCUACCCUCCCCACCUGGGGGGGCCCGUCAGGAAGUCUAGGAUCCAGUUGCAGAGGGAGGUGUUUAGUCCCAGGGUCCUUAGCUUAGUGAUGGGCUUUGUGGGCAUAUGGUGUUGAACGCUGAGCUGUAGUCAAUUAACAGCAUUCUCACGUAGGUGUUCCUUUUGUCCAAGUGGGAAAGGGCAGUGUGGCGUGUAAUUGAGAUUGCGUCAUCUGUGGAUAAAUUGGGGCGGUAUGAAAAUUAGCUUGGGUCCAGGGUGUCUGUGAUGAUGGUGUUGAUGUGAGCCAUGACCAGCCUUUCGAAGCAUUUCAUGGCUACAGAUGUAAAUAUUACGGGGCGAUAGUCAUUUAGACAGGUUACCUUGGCGUUCUUGGGCACAGAGGCUAUGGUGGUCUGCUUGAAACAUGUAGGUAUUACAGACUGGCUCAGGGAGAGGUUGAAAAUGGCAGUGAAGACACUUGCCGGCUGGUCAGUGCAUGCUCUGAGUACGUGCCCUGGCCCCCGCGGAAAUAUAAUUAGCAUAAUUUAAAAAAAAUACCCAUUAAAAAUAUGUCAGUUUAAACUAGAGGUAUCUUUUUUGCGUCUCAAUCCACCUCAACCGCCUAUGUAACACUUCCGCAUUUGCGGUGAAAGGUGACAGAGCUAGAGCGGUGUUUGACAGACCGUCUGUAGCGUCCGACAAACUAUUAUGACCCCUCUAUGGAAAGAUGAGACUCUAACGAACACGAUGGAAGUAUACACUACCAGUCAAAAGUUUGGACACACCUACUCAUUCAAUGGUUUUUCUUUAUUUUUACUAUUUUUUACAUUGUAGAAUAAUAGUGAAGACAUCAAAACUAUGAAAUAACAUAUAUGGAAACAUGUAGUAACCAAAAAAGUGUUAAACAAAUCAAAAUAUAUUUUUACAUUUGCGAUUCUUCAAAUAGCCACCCUUUGCCUUGAUGACAGCUUUGCACACUCUUGGCAUUCUCUCAACCAGCUUCAUGAGAUUGAUGAGGGGGAAAAAAUCAAUUUAAUCCAUUUUAGAAUAAGGCUUUAACGUAACAAAAUAUGGAAUAAGGCAGGGGUCUGAAUACUUUCUGAAUGCACUGUAGGAUAGACACUUCAGAACAAACUUACUUUAGAUUUUUUGGGGGGACUAUCUGUUAUUCCAUGUAGUGAAUCUGUUAUUCAAUGCAUUUGUUUGGGUUAAUAGCAGUAAGGCCAAAUACAAAUGUUCAUGAAAUAAUGUUUUUAUAUUUAUUUCUGAUUCUUCAAGGGGUCUUAAAAUUCAAAAUCAAAUAGCAAAAUGAUCCUCAUGGGUUAAAGGUCUUACUCGCAUCGGCUACGUAGAGCUGAUCACACAGUCGUCCAGAACAGCUGGUGCUUUCACGAUUGGUUCAGUGUUGCUUGCCUCGAAACGAGUAUAGAAUGCAUUUGGCUCGCCUGGUAGGCUUGCGUCACUGGGCAGCUCGCGGCUGGGUUUCCCUUUGUAAUCCGUGAUAGUUUGCAAGCGCUGCCACAUCUGAUGAGCGUCAGAGCCUGUGUAGUAGGAUUCGAUCUUAGUCCUGUAUUAUGCUUUGCCUGUUUGGUGGUUCGUCUGAGGGCUUAGCAGGAUUUCUUAUAAGCGUCCGGGUCCUUGAAAGCGGCAGCUCUAGCCUUUAGCUCAGUGCGGAUGUUGCCUGUAAUCCAUGGCUUCUGGUUGGGAUAUGUACGUACGGUUACUGUGGGGACGUCAUCGUCGAUGCACUUAUUAAUGAAGCCGGUGACUGAUGUGGUAAACCCCUCAAUUCCAUCGGAUGAGUCCCGGAACAUAUUCCAGUCUGUGUUAGUGAAACAGUUCUGUAGCUUAGCAUCCGCUUCAUCUGACCACUUCCGUAUUGAACGCUGGUACUGUACCUCCUGUUUGAGUUUUUGCUUGUAAACAGGAAUCAGGAGGAUAGAGUUAUGGUCAGAUUUGCCAAAUGAAGGGCGAGGGAGAGUCUCUGUGUGUGGAGUAAAGUUUUUUAGCCUCUAGUUACACAGGUGACAUGCUGGUAGAAAUUAGGUACGACGGAUUUCAGUUUUCCUGCAUUAAAAUCACAGGCCACUAGGAGCGCCACCUCUGGAUGAGCAUUUCCUUGUUUGCUUAUGGCCAUAUACAGUUCAUUGAGUGCGGUCUUAGUGCCAGCAUCGGUUUGUGGUGGUAAAUAGACAACUACGAAAAAUAUAGAUGAAAACACUUGGUAAAUAGUGUGGUCUACAGCUUAUCAUGAGGUAUUCUAACUCGGGCGACACACACCAACCCCCUUGAGCUUACACGACGCUGCCAUUUUGUCCUACCGAUGCAUCUAGAAACCAGCUAUAUGUGUAUUAUCCAUGUCUUUGUUCAACCAAGUUUCCGAGAAACAUAGAAUAUUACAGUUCUUCAGGUCCCGUUGAUGGGAUAGUUUUGAACGGAGCUCAUCCAGUUUGUGCUCCAGUGAUUUUACAUUUUCCAAUAGAACAGAGGGUAGAGGGGGUUUAUUUACUCUCCGUCGUAGCUUCAUCAGGGUGCCCGCACUUCGGCCUCUAUAUCGCAGUCUCUUUCUCUUCCAAGUGUUGGAGAUUAGGGCCUGGUCUGGGGUGAGCAGUAUGUCCUGUGCAGCUGAAUCGAGGUUGGUGAUGUCCAGAUGCUUUUUCCGGUCAUAGAAAAUGCGGAAACAUUAUGUACAAAAAAAGUUACGAGAAGCGCAACAAAACACACAAAAUAGCAGAAUUGGUCAGGAGCCCGUAAAACGACCGCUAUACCUUCCGGCGCCAUUCCUAUUCUACGAUAGAAUGGUGAGACAAGUACAGAUUAAUAUAGCUUGACUCCACCAAAGCCCAAUCCAAUAGAACUGUCUCUCUGUCCACAGAAAUCUUGACAGCAGCAGCAACGAGAGACCUGAUAUCAGUUCCCUCCAGCGCAGGAUCAAGGUACACACACCCUGCAAACUGGCACCACGCACAUAUGCAUACAACACAUACCCAAACUCAAAUUUACACAUACUGCAAAAAAAAAAUCCCAUACAGUCCACACAACCUCUAAAUCUUCUCACUUUUUUUCUUCUCUUACCCACAGAAAGUGACCCAUGACAUGGACAUGUGCUAUGGGAUGAUGGGCAGUCUGUUCCGCAGUGGCUCCAGACAGACUCUGUUUGCGUCACAGGUGAUGCGCUACGCCGACCUGUACGCUGCCUCCUUCAUCAACCUCCUCUACUACCCAUUCAGCUACCUGUUCAGAGCAGCACACGUACUGGUGAGUUCAGCUAAUGUCUCAUAGGACAUCCAGAUCUACAUUCAGCACACAAUGAUGGUGAGGGAGCUCGCCCUCGUUAGAUCACAAAAGUUAGGACAAAACGGAGGAACGUUGUUUGUCUGUAGGAAGACAAUAAAUUGAGAGCAGCACUACUAAGGGUUGUUUUUUGUUCUGUGUGGAUCUGUAUGACACUUCCUCCCCUGUGCUCUUCCCUCCCAGAUGCCCCAUGAGUCGACGGUUGAGCACGCCCACGUGGACAUCAACGAUACUGAGUCGCCCCUGGCAACACGUAACCGCCACUCCGUGGACCUGCUGGAGUUAGACUGUAAGAGGCACCAGCUGACCCGCUCCAUAAGCGAGAUCCAGCCCCCAAACCUGUUCCCACAGACCCCCCAGGAGAUCACCCACUGCCACGACGAGGAUGAUGACGAGGAAGAGGAAGAGGAGGAAGAGUAAGCAGGAGAGGAGGCUCGCCAAGGGUAGACUUUUGCUUUAGGCACAUAUCUAGGAUCAGUUUAGAUCAGCCCCUCAAUACUAAACCAAAAGGGAGGUAAUGCAAAUACUACUCCAGGAGGUGUAUAGUGUGCGUACUGUUGUGUAGCCAGCUAGGUAACUGAAUAUCCCCAGCAAAGGGAAUGGAGAGGCUCGUUAAGAGUCAGGAUUAGGGUAAGGGUUACACAGAUUUUAGUUUUACCGUUUGUAUAUAUUUAUCAGCACAGGCUAUGUAAAUGUUGUUUGUUUUGUUCUUUUUGCUUGGUGAAGUUUCCAGAGAAGUUUCCAGAUGGAGCUCUUCGGACCAAACCUAAGAGACUGA